GCAUAGUUGAAACAGAGGGAGGGAAGGUGGAGGGCGAGAACAUUCGCCUUGGAUUCCGUCGUCAUAUGGACGUCUUCAAGGGGGUUCCCUUUGCUGAAAUCCCUGGAAGGUUUCAGAAGCCAAAGCCUCACCCUGGCUGGGAUGGUGUUAUGAAGACCACUGAGUUCAAGAAACGAUGCCUUCAGCUGAAUCUUCUCAUGACUGACACCAGAGGUAGUGAGGACUGUUUGUACCUUAACAUCUGGGUUCCUCACUUUGGCUCAGUGGCUAAUGAUCUGCCUGUCAUGGUCUGGCACUUUGGAGGAGGCUUCCUGGUUGGCGGCUCAAUGGGUGCUAACUUCCUGGACAACUAUCUGUACAGUGGCCAGGAGAUUGCAGAGAGAGGAAAAGUUAUUGUGGUGACACUGGGAUACCGUGUGGGAACCUUGGGCUUCCUAAGCACUGGAGACUCUGAGCUGCCUGGAAACUACGGUUUGUGGGACCAGCAAGCCGCCAUUGCCUGGGUGCACAGGAACAUCCGCUCAUUUGGAGGAGACCCUGACAACAUCACUAUCUUUGGAGAAUCUGCAGGUGGAGCUAGUGUCAGCUUCCAGACUCUCACUCCCCACAACAAAGGGCUUAUCAGGAGGGCCAUUUCCCAGAGUGGAGUUGCCCUCUGCCCAUGGGCCGUCAACAGGAACCCCCGCAGGUUCGCUGAAGAGGUUGCUCUGAAAGUCGCCUGCCCCACUGAUGAGAGAAUGGCUGCCUGUUUGAAGAUGACUGAUCCUGUGCGCCUAACAUUGGCCGGAACUCUCAGCUUGGCUGGCUCACCUGAUCACCCACUGGUGGAUAACCUGGUCCUAUCUCCUGUGAUUGAUGGUGACUUCCUGCCAGAUGAGCCUUACAAUUUGUUCCACAAUGCGGCUGAUAUCGACUACAUCGCUGGAGUCAACGACAUGGAUGGGCACAUCUUCACGGGUGUAGAUGUUCCUUCAGUCAACACCCCACUGGUGGACACCCCUGUUGAAGAUGUGAAGAGACUCCUGGCUUCAUACACUAAGGACAAAGGGAAGCCUGGGCUGGACAAUGCCUACUACGUAUACACUGCGACCUGGGGAUCAAAGCCCAGUGGUGAGACGAUCAAGAAAACCAUUGUGGACAUUGGAACAGACUACAUCUUCUUGGUUCCAACACAGUCUGCCCUCUACCUUCAUGCUUCUGCUGCCAGAACCGGUCGUACCUACUCCUACGUAUUCUCCCAGCCCAACCGCAUGGGCGGCAUUGGCAGGCCCUACCCCGGCUGGAUGGGAGCAGACCACGCUGAUGACCUGCAGUACGUGUUCGGAAAGCCUUUCACCACACCACUGGGAUACUGGCCUCGCCACCGUGAUGUCUCCGGAUACAUGAUCGCCUACUGGACCAACUUCGCCAGAACUGGAGACCCCAACAAAGGAGAGUCAAGCGUGCCUGUUACCUGGCAAAGAUUCACCUCCAGUGAACACCAGUACCUGGAGAUCAAUUCUAACAUGGACAAGAACUAUGCGAGCGAGAGGCUGAGACUGCGUUACGUGCAUUUCUGGACAAGUGUCCUGCCAAGCCUUCCCACUGUAGUCUCAGAAUAAAGAGUAUGUGCACUCACUUGUGCACCUACAGUGUGGACAUGCUGAAAAAAAAAAAAAAAAAAGAAUAAACUGAUGAUCAACACAAAUUAUAUUUCCUUGUUCUCUUCCUCUUUAAAUAUACAGUAUGCCUUUAAAGUUUGUGCACAACACCUGAGUUUUGGGUUUGUUUGUCUCUGGCUCAGCAGUGAUAACAGCUGCUACUGUAAUAAAAUAAUUCUAAAGGUUAUUAGUGGUGUAGAAGUAUAUGUUAAUCUCAUAAUGUAAAAUAGACAAAAUCAAAACAGUCAAUAAAAGAGCUAAGCUCUUGAUGCAUUUUAUGACUUUUCAGACUGGAGAGCUAUUUUGUAACCUGUCCAUCUGCCCUAACUAGUGUACAUGUUACGGGUCCCGGUGGAGUGGAUCACCGUAGCAAAGUGACGAGAUCACAACCUGUAACAGAUGUGUAAGUGUCAGCGCAAUAAACACAG